GGGCUCCUGCGGGGCGGGGGCGGCGCUGCGCGGGGCCCCGCGGUUUCCUUUCGGCGUGGCCGCGACCGCCCGGCGGCACCCGGCCCCGCCACCAUGUUCAGGCGGAUCCUGCAGCGGACUCCGGGCAGAGUUGGGUCUCAGAGCUCAGAUUCCGAUUUAUCUGCCGCUCCAGGAAAUGCCGUGGAUGUGAACAAUGAGGGCUCCUCUGAGGGCUUCAUCUGUCCACUCUGUAUGAAAGUGUGUGUAACUCCUACUGAUCUGUCUGAACAUUACCAGAAUGAGCACACGGGGACAGAAGGAAGACAGGAGCUUCGUGACCUUCCAGCUGUUACUGGAUUUAUCUGUCCUUUGUGUAUGAAGUCUCAUGGAUCAGCUGAGGAGCUGUUCAAGCACUAUGAAGCAGUUCAUAAUUCUGGCAUCGAUUCAACUCGUGGAGGGGAAGGUCAUCUGUCACCAGAAAGAGAUGAAGUAUCACUGCUCCGACAAGAAGUACAAGACUUGCAAGCUUCGCUGAAGGAGGAGAGAUGGUAUUCAGAAGAGCUGAAGAAAGAACUAGAGAAAUUGCAGGGGCAGCGGCAGCAAGAUUCUAAGUCUGAUGGAUUGACAACAUCUACAUCUACAGAAUCUUUAGAACGGCAACUAGAAGAGAUCCAAGUAGAAAAUUUUAAUAUUAAGCAAAUGAAAGACUUAUUUGAACAAAAAGCAGCACAACUGGCUACUGAAAUUGUGGAUCUUAAAGCAAAGUAUGAUGAAGAAAUCAGCCUUCGGGAAGGUGCAGAACAGAAAAUGACAAACCUAACACAGGAACUACUGAAGGAGAGAAGUACCAUAGAAGACUUAAAGACAGAGCUGCUACAAAGGCCUGGUGUGGAAGAUGUGGCUGUUCUUAAAAAGGAACUGGUCCAAGUUCAGACACUGAUGGACAAAAUGACUUUGGAACGUGAGAGAGAAUCUGAAAAGCUGAAAGAUGAGUGCAAGCACUUGCAGGCAGAGCAGGCAAACUCAGAGGCUACCAUUAAUCAGUUAAGAGCUGAACUUGCCAAAGGACCUCAGGAGGUAGCUGUGUAUGUUCAGGAGCAGCAAAAACUGCAAAGUUUAGUCAAGGAGCUAGAACAGAAAAACCAGAAUCUGACUGAGAAGCUGCUGAAGAAGGAGCAGGAGUACAGCCAGCUAGAAGAAAAACACAAUGAGAUAUCUGUGAGUAAAAAGAAUGUUCAGGCAAGCUUUCACCAGAAGGACCUGGACUGCCAACAGCUUCAGGCAAAGCUGUCUGCAUCAGAAGCCUCAGUACAGAGAUUACAGACAGAGCUAGGUGAGAAGGGAGAAGCAAGCCAGAAGCUUAAAGAAGAAUUGUCCGAAGUAGAGACGAAGUACCAGCAUCUUAAGGCAGAAUGUAAACAGCUCCAGCAGCAGAGAGAGGAAAAAGAACAGCAUGGCUUGCAGCUCCAGAGCGAGCUCAGUCAGUUGCAUAGUAAGCUUCUAGAAACAGAGCGCCAGCUAGGGGAAGCACAUGGGCGGCUUAAGGAACAGAGGCAGCUCUCUAGUGAAAAGCUGAUGGACAGAGAGCAGCAGGUGGCUGAUCUUCAGUUGAAGCUUUCUCGUGCUGAAGAACAGCUAAAGGAAAAAGUGGCAAAUUCCACGGAAUUGCAACAUCAAUUAGAUAAAGCAAAACAACAGCACCAAGAACAGCAGACGCUUCAGCAAAACACAACAUCAAAGCUACGAGAAGCCCAGAAUGAUUUGGAGCAAGUACUACGACAGAUUGGAGACAAGGACCAAAAAAUUCAAAAUCUUGAGGCCUUGCUUCAAAAGAGUAAGGAAAAUAUCUCUCUGCUUGAAAAGGAAAGAGAGGAUUUGUAUGCGAAAAUUCAAGCUGGGGAAGGAGAAACCGCAGUUCUUAACCAGCUACAAGAGAAAAAUCACGCACUGCAAAUACAGGUAACUCAGCUGACAGAGAAGCUGAAGAAUCAGUCAGAAAGUCAUAAACAAGCCCAAGAGAAUUUGCAUGAGCAAGUGCAGGAGCAGAAGGCACAUCUAAGAGCUGCUCAAGACCGUGUGCUCUCUCUGGAAGCCAAUAUCACUGAGUUGAGCAGCCAGCUAAAUGAAAGUAAAGAGAAAGUAUCACAACUUGAUGUACAGGUAAAAGCAAAAACUGAAUUGCUGCUUUCAGCAGAAGCAUCAAAAGCUGCUCAAAGAGCAGACCUUCAGAAUCAUCUGGACACCGCCCAGCAUGCACUGCAAGACAAACAACAGGAGUUAAAUAAGGUCAGCGUUCAGUUGGAUCAGGUUACGGCUAAGCUGAAUGACAAGCAGGAAUACUGUGCUCAGCUGGAAGCCAAUCUCAAAGACUACAAAGAGCAACAUCUUUAUUUAGAACAGAAAACCGAAGAGCUAGAGGGACAGCUUAAGAAACUUGAGGCUGACGUUCUUGAUGCUAAAGCAAGCAAAGAACAAGCUCUUCAGGAGUUACAGCAGCAGCGACAGCAAUCUACAGAAUUAGACCUCCGAAUAGCAGAACUGAGUAAACAACUUGAAGCAGAAAGAGAAGCUAUGUCUAGUGCUAAAUCGGAUUUACAGAAGAAAUCUGAGGCCCUUGAACAAGCAAAACAGCAAAUUUCAAAGCAAGAGGAGGAAACUGCCAGCCUCAAAAAAAAUCUUGAGAAAUCAAGUCAAGAUACAAGUAAACAACUCAAGGAUUUAGACUGUAAAAUGCAAGCAGCAACAUCAGAGCUUCAGCAGGUGAAAUUAGAGAAGGAUACUCUGUUAAAGGACCUCACAUCUACCAAAGAGAAGCUUUCAAAAAGUUCUGAAUCCUUCAAAAAAAGGAAGGAAGAAUUAGAAAAAGAAAUAGAGAAAGGAAAAGCAGCUGUAGCAGAAAUGGAAAAAUCUUACCAAGAAGUAAAACAGCAGCUUCAGGUACAGACAGAGUCUGUAGCUAAAGAGAGGAAUGAAUUGAAAAACUCACUGGAAAAAAAGGAGGGGAUUUCUAAGCAGUUGUCAAUAGAACUUGACUCAACACGAGCGCAAGUACUGGAAAUUCAGGGUCUUCUGAAAGAGAAAGAGAACAGUGAGCAGCAUCUUCAGGGAAAGCUGAGAGAGAUGAAAGAAUCUUUUGAGCAGAAGAAAAAGCAUAGUGAAACGCUGCAAGCUGAAUUAAAAACUGCACUUUUAGAAAAGGCAGAACUUGAGAAUAAACUGCAACAGCAGACUAUUCUGUCAGCUCAGGAGCUUAAAGCAGAGAAAGGAAAACUAGCAGACUUACAGAAGACCCAUGAAAAAAAUAAGGAAAACAUGGAAAAGCUGCAGCUGGACCUGUAUGGGAAAGAGUCUGAGCUGUUGGCAACCAGGCAAGACCUUAAGUCCACAGAAGAAAAACUGGCUCUUGCUCAAGAAGAAUUAGUUUCCAGCAGAAAUCGAAUUGCUAGCAGUAAUCAGCAGAUUCAGGAACUGAAGAAAGCAAAGUCAACGCUGGAACAGGAUGCAUCAAAGAAGGAGCAGCAGCUGGGCGAGAAGACCAAAAUGUUACAGGAUCUUCAGAAUGAGAGGAUUUUGAAAGAAAAAGACUUGGCUAAUGAAAAAUGUAAAACAACAGAGCUCCAGGAAAUAAGGAGUAGACUUGAAAAAGAAAGUGCCAAGCUGAGUGAGGAGCUUAGAAUCUGCAAGCAAGAAUUUGAGAAGGAGGUGGCAAAUCUCAAAGAUGCGAAACAACUACUGAUUCAACAGAAAUUAGAGCUUCAGGGCAAGAUAGAUAAUAUGAAUUCAACUCUGGAACAGGAGAAGAAAAACCAACAAGCUGUCAAAGAUCAGCUGAAAAAGAGAGAAGAGGAACUGAAGAAAGAAUGUGCUGAAAUCGAAGCCAAACUGCAAUCAGAGGUGAAAGAGAAAGAAGAAGAAAACCGGAAACACGAGGAGAAGGAGACCAAGCUCACCAUGCAGGUCACAGCUCUGAAUGAAAACCUGGCUACCAUGAAGAAAGAGUGGCAAAGCAGUCAGAGACGAGUUAGUGAAUUGGAGAAACAGACUGAUGAUUUACGUGGGGACAUUGCUGUCUUGGAAGCAACUGUGCAGAAUAAUCAGGAUGAGAGAAGAGCAUUGCUAGAGAGGUGUAUAAAGAGUGAGGGAGAAAUUGAAAAGCUUCAAUCCAAACUUGUAGAAAUGAAGAAGAAGCUGGACAAUACUACCGCUGCAAUGCAGGAGCUAGGCCGGGAAAACCAGUCGUUACAGAUCAAACACACCCAAGCUCUCAACAGGAAAUGGGCAGAAGACAAUGAGGUACAGAAUUGUAUGGCCUGUGGAAAAGGCUUUUCAGUGACUGUGAGAAGGCAUCACUGUAGACAGUGUGGAAAUAUCUUUUGUGCUGAGUGCUCAGCAAAGAAUGCCUUAACUCCUUCUUCUAAGAAGCCUGUCCGGGUCUGUGAUACUUGCUUUAAUGACUUGCAAGGAUAACUGGUGUGAGUGACAAAGAAAUGUUACACUAAAAUUUAUUAUUUCUGUUGAUGCACUUCAUUCAGCACUCAGACUACUACUCAGUUUGGACAAUGAUUGUAACACUUGGCAAAAUUUAGUAUAUUUUAAAAUGUUUAUUGAUACCAAGUAAAACUAUUGUAUUUUUUGUGAGAUAUGGGCUCAGAUCACCCAAGCUUAUUGCCGUCUAUCCUGGAAAGAGCUUCUAUGUCUAGAUUAGAAAUACCCAGUUAUUUGUAAAUAAAGUUUAAACAGAGGAGUAACAAUGUAUUUUUUUAUCUUUAUUUUUUUUUCAAGAGAAAAUGCGUUUAUGUGAUAUUGCAGUUUAUUCUUGUUUCCUUCAAUGGAAAAGGAAGAUGCAAAAACUUGUGAGGAUUUUGUGUAUCAAAUGUUGCUGUAAUAGCAUAACUCAUUGUUGCAUUUGAUUGUGUAUCUGAUGAUCUUUAUAACCCCUUGCGGUUUUGUUUUCUUUCUCUCUGGUUUUUGGACUUUUCUCUUUAAAGUUCAAAUUCCACAAUGAGGGUUAAAUGGCUGGACUCAACUCUCAGUUUUAUUUGCCCACUUAGAACUUGUAGUAUCAGCACCUGAGUUCUUACCCAACUGCAGGACUUGGAUACUGGAAUAUCUUUAUGCAUACUGUACUGCAUAGUUUGUUUGUGUGUGUGUGCGUGUGUGUAUGUAUGAACAAAUGAUGAGACCAAGUUUAGUGGGCACUGUAGGAACAUAACACGAAGCUCUCCCACGUGGGCUGAUUUCACUUUUACGUAUUUGAUGAAUUAAUUUUAAUAUUUCAGAAACCCUUUAUAUGCAAGUUUUAAAGAACAGACAGUGCAGAUAGUAGCCUGUAGCCCAUUUGUCACCAUGCCCAUACUCUGGGAGCUCCAAGAAGUCCUUGUGGUUCUGAGGCAUGUCCUGAAAUUUCACACUAGGAAUCCUACUAAGAAAAAAUCUCCUCAGAGGGUGCUGCAGUUAAGCUGAACUUUUCUUAUUUCCCAGAAGCCAGCUGAGUUAUCUAACUGGUUCUCACAACUGUAGAAGGGCUUGGAAUAAAAGCAUGAUAACGUGAAAUACUUACCAGCUUUUCUAGUUUGAACUUGUGAGUUGCUUGCUUGAAAGAAACUGUUGCUGCAAUGACUCCAUAUGAGCAGAUCUUCUGGACUUGCUGCAUCUCCUUGUUGUUGCAACUGCUCAAAAUAAGAAUUCUUUGAAUAGAAAGUAAGAGCAGAACUUUGCCUCUGGUAAUUUCUUCUAUUUAUUUAUUAACUGAGGGAAUCCAGAAGGUUUGCUUUCAAGCCUUUCUUUGUCUGACAAGUGACUUCAGAAAUCUGGCAAAGGUAAAGAGAUUGGAGUCUUGCUCCGGCCUAGGUCUGGUUGUGAAACAGAUGGAGCCUGGCGCUGCUUUCAGGGCACAGGGCAACCACAUUAAGCAAAAGGGAUUUUAAGAGUGAAGGGGGAAGCCUCCCACACCUGCAUGAAGGACAAAAUGUAUGUGGUAGAUGAAGAUGGGAAUCUCUCAGGGGAGCAGUGGAUGUGGUUGAAAGAAUCACUUCUGUUCAGAUGUUUUAGUUUUGUAUGGGGAUGUUUGAAACCUGAGGAGAUGGCUCUACAGUAAGGAGAAAAUGGUAGAAGUUCUAAUAGAGUUGUUCUUGAUUUAACCUUUUGCAGUGCUUUUGUGUAAAAAUGAGCAAAGUCACCUCACUCAGUUGGCUGCUGAAGCAGUGUGUUUGGGUGACCACAGGAUAACUCUUGAUGUGGAGCUCCCCAUCUUCAGGGUGAAACCAGCUGUUUCUAAAGGUUGCUUUUUGAUGACCAACAACUUUUUGAGGGGACAUAAAUGUUUUUCAAAUACAUAUUUGCAGAAAAAUGGAAUUGUUAAAAUCAGGAGGAACGGUGGGGUAGAAGCUUUCAUGCUUGAGGAUUGAGUGUACAGCAAAGUUGGGGGUUCUACAGCUUUUCACUGGAGUACAUUAGUGACUUCAUUGCUAAAUCUUAUGCUCCUGUGCUUUUGCUUAUGAUUGUUAGUGCAGAUCUGUAAUCAUUGAUGAAUUGAUGGACCAUAUAAAAGUCAGCCUGGCUUUCAGGUUGGAACCUGUGCUCAAGCUUGGGAAAAUGACCUGUGAGGAUUUUUAUUAUUAUAAGGAAAACUGGAAGUUGAAAAGCUCUGUAUUUGUAAAUCUGCUCACAGAUUCUGUUACUCUGAUGGGCGUGUUUUCAGUAGGAAUAUGCUUUUUGUUGUUGUUGUUGUUAUUGUUGCACUGCUUUAAAAUAGAAAUAAUAGGAAAAAGCCUAGUAAAAAGACUGGUAAGUUUCACCACACAGAGUUAAAGGACUCUGGACAAAGUUGUUGAGCGCACUGAUUUCUCAGACUACAAAAACAGAGAAAAAAGUGGCAGAAGAAACUAGAACAUGGGAACCAGAGGACAUGGAGUGGUUUGCUUUAGCCUUUAGCAAGAACCUCAUUGCUCUGAUUUGCUGAGGAGAGGCUAUAAUGGAGCAAGAUGCAGAGGGAAAAAAUGGUAAAAUAUAUGCUUGCAGAAGUAGAUAUGUGGGAUCCUCAAGCUGCCUUUGGUUACCAGUUAUUACUAUGACAUCAGGAAUGUGACAGUGAGCUGUGGGAUUUUUUUCCUGAAACUGUGGAUUAAGUGUCCUCAGAGAGGACAUUCAGAAUCUUUGGUGGGAGCGGAAUGUGAAACACCAGCUGCUGCAUGGGCUGAGGCAAUCUAUGGAGGCAACUGGAGAAGUAUAAAGGAUGGUGUUGUUAAGGAUGGGGAGAGGUUCUUUUAACUUUUUAAAGACACUGCAUCUCUUCCUAAUCAAACAAUCAUGAUCCCUUGGGUUGUUGAUUCUAAAAUACCAAAUCCUACUGUUUUUAUUCCAGCCUCAUGUCAGCAAUACAUACUUCAUAUUUCCACACUGCAGUCCCUGUGGAGGCAGGUUGCAUUGUGGGGCUCAAUGGCAGGCUUUUGAUCUCAGCUGGAUAUGCUUCACUGUUGUUUUCUUUUCCCCAUGUAUUCCUUCCCUCCAGUGACCUUCCCCUUUCUACAACGAUUUAACAAAGACAAUAAAACUGAGUCACAGUAGGAAAACUUGCUGUCUGCAGAUGAGGAGACGAAGGGAAAUUUCUGCUGCUGCUUCCAGCAGUGCUUUAGCUUAAAGUGCAAUUUUUUUCCCUCUGUUUUUGGAAGGUGUGAAGUAACCAAGUUGUUGUGGAGUGUGGAGCAUUAGGCUCAGGAGAGCAGUGAAUAUUUUUGUUGGUUUUGGAGCCAUCGGGGUUAUUUGUGAAUCCUCACUAGAGAGCUUUUCUUAGUGGAGGAAGAGGGUAUUUGGGAGCACAAAGUGACCUUGCUGUGUUUGUAUUACAUUGGCAAGAAUAAUUGAACCUCACAUACUAGAGAUAAGAAAAGUGACAUUCCUGAUGAGGGGACCUGGAAAACUCCAGUAUUACUCUGGAUUGUUAAAUGCCAGUUAAAUGGAAAGUUGUCACAAAUGUUUUUUCAAAACUUAAAAAUUUACGACCAGUACUCAGUGCCAGACAGAAAACUGCUGGAGCUGAAGUUCAAACAGAGCAUAAACUCUGCCAGGAAGGAUGACACAGUAGUUUAAGUAUGCUGAAACUGAUAAAUUACUCCUCCAGGGUACCACCCUUCCACACAUAUUCUUGUGGGACUAGGAAAUAACACUGUCAUUUGCACUAUGCACUUUUUGCUGUCUAACUGAAUAUAAUCUGGAGUAAGUGGAAUGGCAUUGCUGGCAUUGCAUGUGUUAGCUGUAAUCAAUGGACAGAAAGUUUAUCUUCAGCUGGACUUUUCACUGUAUUACAUUUGGCCCCUUGCUAUGUAAGGAGAAUUGCACUCAUAAUUACUGUGUACCAAAAGCAAGAUCAUCUGAGAGCACAUGGAACAAGAAAACUCAUGUAGUCACGCACACAUUGUCUUUGUAGAGCUUCAUUUUAAGAUUAUAAAAUGAGAAUACGUGAAUUUUAUAUAUUUUCAAGGUUUUUGCCAGUCAUGCAGUUCUUCAUUUACGAAGUACUGACCUCACUGUCCCUUCUAGGAUAAGCCUGAAAUUAUUGUCCAACCACAGCCCCUCUCCAAAAGCACUAAAUGCCCGACUUUUCAAAACCAGCAAUAAUUGGAUAAUGAAGUCCCUCCACAGAAACUCAGCUUCACUUUUAAAUUUUUAUUUUUUAAGGGGCACUGAACUAAGAGCUUUGCAUCUUUCGAGAGAGCAUUAGAUGCUUCUUACGAUCACAAUAACAGAUAGGUACUAGUUAGUGUCAUAAACUCUGCCUUUUGUCUGUAGUGUGCCACAUGCUAUGCACCCGCUGUGCAGCAGAUACAGGAAUAUCAGAUCAAUUGAAGAUUACUGAAGCCCCACUAACACAUUGGAUCAGUGUUACUGUGAAAGCAGAAGCCUGGUAGUUAUGUUUUCCAACUUUGCCUCCCCCCAUGACCUAAACGAACUAACUAACUAAAUCUGUGUAUUCUGCCUUUUUGAGUAAAGAGGGCUGGGAGAAGGGCUCAUUGUUAGAUGCCGACAGGCCCACAUGGCAGGCCCAGGCUCCUGCUGUUGGCUUUGUGGCAAAGUGCUCUGUUGUAUCACACUGAGCCUUGAUUCCUGGCACAAGAGGAGUGUUGAGGAGAACGUCUCGCUGAGUUAGCAAAUACCAGAACUUUUUAUAUCCGUGUGUCCAAAAUGCUGCUUGUAUAGGAUUUGUCACUUUUGUAAGAAAAGAAGAAAAAAUCACCAAAAAAAAAAAUUCAUAAAAAACCCCACCAUCCCAUUACAUAAGAUUUCAUUGGAACUACCUCUCAGCGUAAGAUUCAAACGUUAGGUAAGUUUAAUAGGGUUUGCUCACUGUCACAUUAUGUAAAAGUUACAGUAAAUGCCAAAAUCGCAAAAGUUUAUCACCAAAAAAACAACAAUAAUAAAAAAGAUGAAGUCUUUCUUUUUAUGUGUUUGGAAGUAUCCAGUAGUUUCAAGUGACUGUAUACUCUGUUGUAUUCUUUUAACUUCUGUAGUUUUAGUCUUGCAAACUCUGGCUGCUGGACAGGAGGCAAAUCAUAACCACAAGCUUUCAUAAUCACGGUCUGCUGAGUAAAAACAAUUUUGUGUGCAGCAUUGUUGUUUGGCUAUGGAUAGCCUCAUUCACCACAUGUACCAUUAAUUACUUGUUUUCUUCAGUACUAGAGAUGUGAACUUGAUGAAUGGUUUCUGUAACGGAUGCGUGCCACAAACUGCAUUGUCUUGUUUGCCUCUUUCCUGAGUUUUAAUGAUCAGUUUAUUAUUGCGGAUGUGAAUAUCGCACAUUCAACUUAUUUUCUGUAUAAUUGUAUAAAAUAUAAAUGGAAAAAGGUUUAAGUUCUUACACAGUAUUUAGAAGUAAUGUAUUAUAACAGCCUUAUGAUGCAGUUUUACUUACAGAGUACUGCACUUCUUUUAAACUGGAUCAUACCAUCUUGGUAGGUGUAGAUCAACUUUGCAUGAGUGUGUUUGGGUUUUGUUUCUUUUUCAUUGAAGUUUAAUUCUUAAGUUCUAUUUCAGUGUUUGUGUUUACUACUUGUGAUCAUGUAGUUGUGCCUUACAUUGUGAAAGAAUUUAGUCCAGCGUGCACUGUAAUUCCUAAACUCUGCGGUUUGAAAGGUGGCUGUGGAUUUGGAUGAGAAAAUGACAUCAUGCAUCAACCAACCAGUUCUGUAUAAACUAUGAUGAAAUGUUAUUGAAAUGUAAUUUUUGUUUUCUAACCUGUUACAGGAUCGAUGAACGACAAUAAAAGAAAAAAUUAGACCUUUCUAA